CCAAUACAGACAUCCAUCAUUACAAAAGAUAUCAAGUCAAGAGCGAAUGAAAAUCGAGUCAAAUUGAUAUCGACCAUAAUCACUUGCUCCCUUCUCUCUUUCGUCACACACGUCGAUCGCCCAUCAUUCAUCGAAUAGGAACACGGAUAGGUAAAAAUGUUUGUUCGACCUCUUCGGUGACAUUGUCUGGCGGCCGUCAGCGACAGCAGCAGCAGCAUGUCGGUCAAAGCUUGUCUGGCUUGCUCGCCCGUCAAGCACAUCAAUCUGCCGCUGCUGCGAAUAUUGAUAGGGUACGAAUAGAAGAUGGACAAGCGAGGAAAGGAUUACCUCCUUCGAAAGGGAAUUGGUCUUGGAGACAGAUGCAACGGUCUAAACAAGCAACGUACAAUUCAGCUGAUAGAAAGCAAGUCGCAUCCUUGAGAUCUGAUUUUGAUGCACUACCACCUUCUCAACAGGCUUCUUCCUCUCGCAACCCAUUCGGAAAGACGGCUGUGUUUGAAGCGGAUGAGAAUAGUCUUGGAUCGUACACGGACAUCGAUAGGUCUCGAUCGGAUCCACAGCCGCUCAACUAUCAUGAGAAUGACGGCUUUGAACCUGAAAGCUUUGUCGCAGCAGAAGAUUGGCAAGAUGAGCAGAUGCAGCACUGCAGCUCAAAUGAAGUUGAUGCUGCAUCAGAAGAGCUUGCGGGUAUUCAAGAAGCUUCUCCCUCAGAGGACAUUCAAGGCAAAGCUAAAGAGGUCAAAAAGCGUAGAUCGGCAAAGACAAAAGAGACAAAGGAAGACGAACCAUUAUUCGGUCGAGGUCAGCAAAGAAGGGCGGCUAGCAAGACUGUGCUGAACGGAGGAAUGACUCAACAAGACAAGCUAGAUCGCAAGAAUCAUAUAGAGUCAGUAGCACUGCGUGAUGGUGUUCUAUCCGCACAGGCUGAAACGAAAGCAUUAAAGAAGCUUGACGCCCAAAGAAGACAAAGAAGGAAAACACACUUGCUCACACUACAACCUUACAUAGAGCGGAACAUGCGAUUGAUCGACUUGGAAGCUGAGGAAGAGCGGAAGACGGUGGAGCUGCAACGCACAUGGUCUGAUGCUCGGCUUAGACUGGAAGGCGUGAUGAUACAAGGGCUGGAAGGGUAUUGGCUGCAAGCAAGUGCAAGUGUGGGACUGGAAGAUGAACUUACAGGAUUCUCAAAAACAACCUCUGCUCCAUCUCAGCGUACGGCAGUAUUUCACAGGCCAGGCAAAGCGAAAUUAGGAUGGACGAAAAUCCAAAAAGGUGAUCAACUGUCCCUUCGUGCAGAGAAAUCACCGAAGCAGAGGAGCGCCGAGAAUACCGAUCAAGAGGGGCCUACAGAGGAGGAGGGAGUCAUUGGUACUGUCCGAAAUAUCUCCGAAUUUGAACUGCGCAUCGUCUUUCGUGAACCGCCCGCAGAUUUGGAUCUGCUCUCGUCUUCGGCAUGGCGUGUAGAUUUGGCAUACAACGAUACAAUCGAAGAGAGACUCCGAGCAAGCGUAGAAGCAGUUGCACAUGAUGUCGAUGCUACCCAGCGUGCGGGCGCGGAAUUGAGUGGAACGCAUCUUGUUGAUGUUUUGCUGGAUCAACCAAAGAAGAAAAAGGGCACUGAUGUUGACUCAACAGCACCUUUACCUAUCACUGAAUGGAUACGACAACAUCGACCAACAAUACCCGCACCGAAUUUGAGUCACUUGACCACAUCUCAACGCGAAGCGGUCGAAUUGAUGCUCGGCGAACGAAUCAGUCUUAUCCAAGGUCCACCGGGUACAGGAAAGACGAGCACGAUUGUUGCUGCUCUCAAAGUGUUGAAACAUCAUUAUGAGAUUCCUCAUCCUAUCCUUCUUACCUCACAUACAAAUGUGGCCGUUGAUAAUCUUGCACAAGGCUGCAAAGAGACUGGCUUAAACGUUGUUCGUGCUGGACCGACUGCCCGUGUACGGGAAGCGAUCAUGGACAUCACUUUGGAGGGAAGAAUGGAAAAGCAUCCUUCUAAAGGUGCGUUGGAUCGGACGGAAGCGCAGAGAGUGAAUACUGUGCUGGAGUUGCAAAAGGCACAGAGGUUUGUAUAUUCGCAACAGAACAAAGGAAAGCAAGAAAACGCACAGAAACGCAAAAAUGACGAUGAUUUGGCAGAUCGCUUUCACCCAUCUUCAUUUGAUGCCAUCGUAGAAGACGAUAUACAAGCACCAGCAUACGAUGCCGGCUCGAUCACAAGACUGAAACAGAAGCUAUCGCGCCUAAUCCAACGAGCAUAUUUGAUCAGACGGAAUAUUGAAACAGAUAUCUUCGCUGAAGCUGAUGUGGUUUGCUGUACAGCAUUAUCUGCACCUCUAAUUCACGCUAUCGAUUUCCCGUUGGUAUUCUUUGACGAAGCAACAAUGGCUACCGAACCGAUCACACUUGCAACGAUCACCAAAGGAUGUCAACAAUUGAGCUUGAUCGGUGAUCAUAAACAGUUGAGUCCUUUGAUCAGAAGUCGAGAAGCACAAACAGAAGGAUUGGGAGAAAGUAUGUUUGAACGUUUGAUGGAAAGAGGUGAUUUGAAAAGUGUCAUGUUGGACACGCAACAUCGAAUGCAUCCUUCUUUGGCUGCUUUUUCCGGAGAAGAAUUCUAUGAUGGCAAAUUGAAGGAUGGCGCAAAGACAAGCAAGAUGGUCCCUCUCCAAUCUUCUUUCGCAAAGGAAAAGGGCGAGAAUGCAAAUACGGGCUUCUUGACAUUUGUGCAUCAUAAUGGAAGGGAAAGCUUAGCAAAAAGCAAAUCACUCGAAAAUGAAGCGGAAGCAGAGAUUGUCGUGAGCAUUGUGGCAGAUCUUUUGGCAAAGAAUGAAGAUCUACAUGGAUCGGAUAUUGCAAUCUUGACACCUUAUGCUGGUCAAAGACAGUUGAUUGCUCGCUCUCUUCUUGAACCAAGUUCCGCACUACGAAAGCUAUUUACUCGUCAAUUGGAAUUACGCGGAGGACAAGCUGCCAAAGCUCGAGUACGAGAGUUGCCUAGGCUAGAAAUCGAAACAAUUGAUGGAUUCGAAGGACGAGAAAAGCGUGCGAUUGUAUUCAGUAUGGUUAGGAAUAAUGCCGGUCGAUUCUGGGGUUUCUUGACAGAACACAAAAGAUGGAAUGUAGCACUCACACGGGCCAGAAAUGGAAUGUGGAUCGUUGGCUCAAUGUCAAUGCUAGAACAAAGAGCGCCAUGGGAAGAUAUAGCAACGAUUACUAGACAAGCAACGGAACUUGUCAAAGCGUCUGCUGGCACUACAAACACGGAUGCCGAUGAAGAGGAUGGAAUAGAUGAUGCUAUCAAUCGCAUUACCUGGAAACCACAAACUGGCGAUCAUGCUGGAUUCAUUACCCGCUUUGCAAGUCAUCUUCGCCGUAAUGAAUGCGUGAUCAAUGCAAAAGAUAUGCACACGGAUGCGAAGAGGGUUUGAUAAAAAUGCACUGCUUUUUUGAUGCUUAAUGUAUUUUAUUUUAUUUUGCUUGUAUUACUCUUCUACAUGUAUCAAUCAACAGUGACAACAAUCUUGCCUGUGUUCUUGUUUGCUUCCAUUUCAUCAUGUGCUGCUUUGAUGUCCUUCCACGAGAAGACUUUGUGAAUGGCCAGAUGAUGACCUUGAUCACCUUUGUUCUCACUCUUUACCCCUUUCACAAUCAUAUCUAGACCUCCAAAUUUGACAAAGUCUUGAACUAAGCUACUCUGAUAGUCUAAUGAUCGUGAUCGUAAUGUAGAACCUUCGAUUUUGAGUCUCUUGAAAAUAAUUGCACCAACAUCAACUUCUUUCACUUUUGUACCUCCCAUUCCACCUUGCAUUACCAAUCUACCAUCUCGUUUAAGGGAAGCUAGAUUGGGUGCAAAGUAAGGAGCACCAAUGAAGUCCAUGAUCACGUCAACACCUUGUUCUUUGGUUAACU